AUCUGAGUACAAUGUUUUCUUUUUUCUGUGUUCUUUUCUUGGGUCUAGUACUAGCUUUGCCCGAAGCUGCAGUUGUCAAUCUAUCUCUUAUUACUGUAGGAAUUGUUGGAGGACUCGUGGUCGUGCAGUUAUGCAGCAACAACAGACUGAGUGAAUAUUUCUCUCUGACGUGGCUUCUAGAUCCCUUACGGAUCAAGUGGGGAGAGAUAAAAUACAGGAGGACGAGCAGAGAGCUAAUACGCCGGCACAAAUUUAAAUCAGAAGCAGAACUGCCGCGCAAACUGCAGGAGGCGAUCAGCAAGAUCAUUGAUUUGCUUAUCCGGGACUUCGUGACGUCGUGGUACGACGAAGUGGCCGGAGGCGAUGAAGAGAUGGCAUCAGAAAGCCAGUUCUUAUUAAAAGAGGCUUCUAAUAAAGCGUUUAACGUGAUGAAAAAGUGUGACACCCACAAGUUAGUACGUGACGUCAUCCUGAAAUUUCUAGAUCACGUGACUUACAUGAGAAAUGCCCGGAAGCUCAUUGAAUCCAACAGUGGUGGUGCUAAAUUUUUACACGACGACAACCAUACAGACGAUGGUUUACAUCAAAGUCGUAUGAUGAAAGCAUAUUCGCACUGUUGUCGGAUUCAUCCAGCGAUGACGAGUCCCGAGAGCGAGAUGCUGUACAUUCGAAACACGGUGGCUCUUCUGCUCGAGGUGCUUCUCCCUCCGAGCGAACUCAACUGCACGCCCGGCGUGUUCAUACUCAAGGAAGUGAUCUCGUGUAACGCCAUCCUAUCACUCACUCGUCAUGUGAGCGAACCCGAUUGGAUAAAUCAAAUAAUUAUUGACAUUCUAGAAGUCAUGCCACUUGAACAAUACAGAAAACUAGAGGGUUGCCAUGAUGAUGACACCAACAAGGAAACUCGUAAAGACCCAGAAAAUGCACAGAAAACCGAUACUCGAGAUCGAAAAAUUAAAGUCGUUGCACCCGUCUCUAUGACCGUACGAGACGUGAAGCCAAAAGCUCCAGUUGUGGACAAACUCGUAUUUCCGUUGUCUGUUAGUAGGAUGAGCUCGGGUCCCACACACAUGCCUCAUCGCUUGCCUGUAAUUCAAGAAUCAAACGCGUUUGACAGCAAGGAGUCUUUGCCUCGUCUCUCGUCAUCUGUUGACAUGCCAUUGCGGCCUACGCUCGAUUCUGUUGACGCACCGUCGCAGUCAAAGUUUGUUGCCAUGAUGGAUGAUCGUUUGCCAUUGAUUAAGGCCGACCAUUUUGCUGUGAGGCGAAGGUCUGAGUCGCUUCCUGCCGUUUGCGAUGGGACAAGAUCUGGAGGCUGGAGUGAGGCGGCGUCGCCGUGUUUACAGAGUGAUGAGCCUGUGGAUUAUGCGAGUAUGUUGACCGUUUGUGGGAUUGAAGAUGCGGGUGUGGGGAACGAAGGGUAUAAGGUGUUUGUUGUGAAGUAUUCUGAUUGUAUUUGGUCGGAAGGCGGUCGAGAUCAAUCUAGGAAGUUGUCACGUGUUGUCAAACGUCGCUACAAUGAAUUUGCAGAGUUGGAUCGACGUCUGAGAAGGAUACCUUCACAAGUGAAUCUUAUGAAAGGCGUUGAGUUACCAAGGAAGAGGUUGCCAUUUCCUUUGUCACUCACUGUACCCUUAGAAAAGUUUCUGGAAACAAGACAAAGACACCUGGAGGCUUAUCUUCAUAUAUUGCUGUCAAAGCGUGAGAUUCGGACAGGUCAAGAACUGAUGAAUUUUUUGGCUGUAAAGACUGACCCAGAUGUUGCAUUUGUGAAUCAAGAGAAAUCUAUUGGGGUCCUUGCUCCCGUCUUGGCUCCACUACAGGCCGUCUCAACAGCAAUCAAAGAAGGCGCAACAGCAAUCAAAGAAGGCUUUCCAAUUCGACUCACAUCAUCAAACUUGAACGUCAAAGAGGAAUCCUCUUCUCUACAAACAUCAUCCCCAUUCGAAGAAGUCGACUGGAAGGACAAGUUGUUGGACAGUCAGAGUGCAGUUUCAGUCUUUCAGGCAUAUUUAGAGACGAGGGCGGCCAAUGGUCAAUCAGCAAUGUCUCUCAGCGUUUCAGGUAUUCAAGCGCUUAGCCAACUAGCAAGACAAUUGCAACAGGACGAAGCUGUCGAUGGCGACGAGAGGAGCGGUGUGCACGAACCGAGAGAUUGGGAUUUAAUUGAUAUCUUGGUGGAGCUUGGCAUCGAGGCACUGAGCGAGAGAGACAGUUGGCUGUUGGGUGAGCGAGUUCAUGCAACGUUGUUUGCAUUGUUUGGACGAGUACUAGACAGGUUCAUUGCAGAUGAACUACGUGAUGUCCUUACUGAAGCAAGGUGGACUCGUUAUAUUGACAUGUUGAGGGACUCACUGUGGCCCAAUGGUCAGUUACGAGAUGGAAAUGAACCGCUACGUACUGAAGAGCAGAAGGUGGCAACGAAGCAGGAGACACUCCGGUUUCUGAAGAAAUUCCCUCCAGGAGUCGUGAGAUUAGCUGCCGGACGAAGUCUAUAUGAUGACGUCAUGGAGGAGUUGCUCGAAAUGGUGCAAGACCCUUGGAUCAAUAGACAUUUGAUUUAUACUCUUCUAGACUUAGUUAUCCAAUCAGUAGUCAAACAUAGCGCCAAUGAAAUUUUGUUACCGGAAGUUUCAUAGAGUUUCUACAACAAACUAGAAAUUUAAUUACUAGA